GACCUUGACCUUAUUGGUAGUGUAUUUUAGACUACGACACGUAGUUCAGAGGUAUUAAGUAUAUCAUUACUAUAUUAACAUCGCAUCUGCGUUGAUUAGUAGCAUGCGUGCAGUUCACACCUAUGAUUUGUGUCGUUUCUGCUCGACCUGACAAUGCGAUGAUGUUGCCGACUCGGUCCAGCGCCAGAAGCAAUGACUAUAAUCAGAAUCAGUGUUUGGUUUGAAUCUGUUCUUCAGUGAACCCAUGUUGUCGAGACAUGUAAAACAUCAACAUUGUCUGAUCUUUUCUGUGCUCAGACACAUUUUCAAAAGUCAGAUUAAGACAAUAUUUACAAAGAGAGGACCAGUCAAACAAUUCCCAACAACCGACAACCUACCAAGAUGUACGUCUGCAUUAAAUGGAGCAAUGGCCAAAAGAAAAGCACCUGAGGGAAUCUUCACUAACCAACUUCAAACCAAGAUGGCAGACAUACGUGUGGUAAAAGACAGUUCUCCUGCAUGUUGCAUGGAAGCUGUGGUCAAGGCAGAGGCAGAUGAUGUGAAAAUGGAAGGACAAGUGGCUAGUCAGGCAUUGUGUAAACCUGCCAAAUCUUCGGUGCUGCAGGAUCCUUUGAGUUUUAACACUGACAAUAAUUCUAGUGUUUCAGACAUCGUUGAUGGUCAGAGGCUCUUUAACAUUGAAGAGGUCCUUCCCACUGUUGAUCCACUUUCCGUGAGUGAUUCCAGUACCAAAAUGUCUGCAUCAGAUACUGCUAGUGAUGUUCAUUCUUCUGAAUCCUUGCAACCAAUUUUUUCUUGUAUAAAAGAUUCAGGAAAUAUUGCAGGGAGACAGCAACAGCAUUUCAGCGUGAAAGAUACUGAAACAAAUUUACCUGAACAUUUUUCAGAUAAAAAUCUGAAUUCAGCCUGUGAAAAAGGAAUGGUGGGAACUUCCAAAGUUGUAGAAAAACAUUUGGACAAUGAGAAAGUAGUUUUACAAAAGAGAAAAGCUGAAGCUUGUGAGAACACUGUGAUUACCAGAGCUAAAUCUGCUUCCAAUCCAUCUAAACUACUUAAGACAGGAAGCAUUGAUAAGGAUACUAAACACAGCAUGACUACUGGACACAGCAAGGAUACAGCAAGGAUACACAAUGUAUCGGAAACAAAGCAUACUGAAUAUAGCAAGGGUACAGAAUACAGCAAGGGUUCUAGAUACAGCACAAGUACUGAAUAUAGCAAAGAUACAGGAUAUGGCAAAGGUGCUGGAUAUGGCAAAGGUACUGAAUAUAGCAAAGGUGCUGAAUAUGGCAAGGAUAAAUCUACAAAAUGUAUGGAAGGGAAACAACAACAGACUGGAAUGUCUGUUGACCCUGUGGAAUAUGACAAAGCAGAUAAAGUACAAUCUGUUUUGAAGAAAAAAACAACAAACAAAUCUACUAGACAAAAUUUUUAUUCUAACAAGAUGGGUGCUUCAGAUUCUACUAAGGUUCCUACUGAUACCACUUCAAAAGCUGAAGGUAGCAUUGCUUCAAGGCAAACAGUCUCUGCUCCGUCUAAGUCUGCAGCAGUAAUUUCAUCAAAGACUGCAGCUGGUUCUGUUUCAAAGCUGAAAACUCCUGCUGCAUCUGCUACUAAGACUGAAGCUGUUGUUGCUAAGAAAGCAUUUGAUGAGUCUACAUCAACUUACAAUACUGCAGCAUCACAGGCAAUGACUACAUCUAAGUCCAAGUGCAGUUCAUCCAACAAAGCUGCAGCAGCGGCUGCUACAAACCCCGGAGCUGGGUCUGUCAACAUACCCCCCACAAAAUCGAAAAGCAGAAGUCGUGUCAAAUCUGCAGGAGCUGAUACUGCAAAAGGUGCUAAGGAUUCUGAAAACCUAGGAGCUGUAUCUGCUAAGAAACCCAAAAGGCGGGCUGAUCCAAAAGUCAAAACUGGGCUUACAUCUGCAGGACUGGAUGUUUCUGCAGGAAAUACGUUAUCAAGUCCUAGUUCUGUGACUGGUUCUACUUCUAGAAAUGAAGCUGUCACUACAUCCGAGACUGCAGGAAGUAAAUCACUCAAGUGUGGAUCUACAACAACAAGUGCUUCACAUGAUGCUCAGUCUGGAUGUGUUGCUGAAUCAGAUGCAAAAUCUAAAGAUGAGCACAUAAUAUGCACUUCUAAACAUGCCACUACCAAACCUGAAAAGGCUGCUUCAAGGGCUGUUUCUACUUCUGAAUUUAAAAAUUCUACAUCUUCUGAACCCAGUGUUCUUAAUUCUUCAAACUCCAGUUCUCUGCCAUCCAUACAGACAAAUAUACAUUCAGGUGACCAUUUAGUUACAAAGAAAAAAAGUAAAUCAAGCAUUUUGCCUCCUAAGCUUCUUGAAGAAGUAAAGGAUACCAUAAGAAAAAAUGUUACAAAUGUGGCCAGACAAGUCUUAGAUUUGGAAGAUGAAUCUGGGGGGUCGACACUUGAGUGUGCAGCAAACCUGGUGCAGGGAUCAGGGUCAGAUUUAUCAGAAGUUGGUAUGGUAACCAUGACAGAUGAAAAGACAGUUAGCACAAUGGCUGCAGAUGAUGAGAACUUCCAGAUGUCUUUGCCUUUUGCCCAGACUGAACCGGAUUCAGAUGUUGAUGGAGUUUAUGACAUUUCAUCUUUGUUUUCAGAUAAUUUUCAUCAUGAAUAUAUUCUAAGUAAGCGAAGGGCAGGGAAGGCAGCUAAAAAGAGAACACAGAAGGAAGAACGAAAGAAGAAGAAAUAUUUGGAAGAGAAGGGCAAGGUUGUUGAUGAUGAAGAAAGAAAACCAAUAAAAGCACAGCCCAAUUACUUCAUUGCUCUUCAGAUAACAAAUCCACAGAUCAAGGAAAGACUGGCAGCUGUUCAAGAAACGAUACUGGAAAAGAAUGAACGCCUCGAGAUGAUCAUGGUUGACAUUUACACCGUGCACGUUACCCUGAUGGUGAUGUGUAUACGGUCAAAAGAUGACAUGGCCAGAGCACAUCUUGCCUUGAACCAAUGUGGCAGCAUUCUGAAGUCGACAUACGAGUCACGGUUACUGGAGCUGAAUCUUUGUGGACUUGGCACGUUUAAGAAUCAGGUUGUUUUUGCAAAGAUCAGCCCAGGUCCUGCUCUAGAAGAAAUGGAGAGCAUUGCAGAAUCUGUUCGUCGACUAAUGAAUGAACAUUCAGUGCUUGAGACAGACAAAAGACCAUUCAACCCUCACAUCACCCUCAUGAAAAUGUCAAAAGCCAAUUACUGGUUCAGGAAGAACGUUGCCAAACACAUUGAUCCAGAUUUGUAUAAGGAUUUCCUGACAGAAGAUUUUGGAUGCCAAGAAGUGACCAAACUGCAGCUCUGUUCCAUGGCACGGACAUCAAGAUCAGGAUAUUACCAAAUAGAACAUGUGGUAUAUUCAGGGCCACAUAAUCAUGACAACAGCACAAAAACAAAGAGAACCCUCCAGAAGAAUGACAACACUGUCGCGGAGAAAGACUUACAGGAACAGAGUAGGAAAAUAGUCGACUUCAGUCUUCACGCAGCUGUCUGUCGGCUCAAAUGGGAAUCAGAGGAGACAACUGACCAACCGUCUCAGCAGGAGGCUAGUGCUAGUACAGGGAAUGAUGUCAGUAUGGUGGAAAAUGAAGCAUCAGAAGGUGAAGUUGAAACCAGAAAACUGGAUGAUGGUAAAGCACAGAUAACAGAUAGGAUCGAAGCUUUAGGAGAUGCAGUGGCAAAGUCUUGCUUAGAGGAAGCAUUUAGCGAGAUGAAGCAUCAACGAGAUCGUGAAAUUAUAGUUACAGAAAAUGACAACUUGUGUAAAACAGGUGAAGAGAGAUUGUCUCACAACAUGCAGUCUGAGAAUGAUGGAUGUGAUCAGAUGAAAGGGCAACAAGAGUUAAAUAUGAUGGAAAAACAAGAAUUAAAGACAGUCGAAAAACAAGAGUUAAAUACAUUGAAAAAUAACAAGAGUUAAAUAGAGUGAAAAACCCAGAAAGAGUUAAAUAUGGUUUGAAAACAAUAAGAGUUAAGGAUGGUGUAAGACCAAUAAGAGUUAAAGAUGGUGUAAGACCAAUAAGAGUUAAAGAUGGUGUAAGACCAAUAAGAGUUAAAUAUGGUGUAAGACCAAUAAGAGUUAAAGAUGGUGUAAGACCAAUAAAAGUUAAAUAUGGUGUAAAAACAAGUAAACUUUGGUGGAGUCUUGCCUUUCAGUCUUCUGUGAUUAAAGAUAAAGAGGAAACAAACUGACUCAGGAUAGAUUAUGUACACUUUACCAUCUUUUAACGAUUCAUUUACUGUGUAUAAUUUCACAACCAGUAACCUACGUGUGUAUUAUUUUGUUUGUGAUUGUUUUGUUGCAAAAUGAACACUAAUAAAUUAAACAAAUUUGUACAAAAGUUUUUCAAGUGAUUAGUGUAUAUAUUACCUUUGUAUGUGUACUUCUGGCAGUUUCUUUUCAAAUGGUGGCUUUUGGAAUGUGUGUAUUUGGGCUAAAAUUGUUUUGUUUCCAGUAAACAAAUCUUUGACAUUCUAUGCAAUCUAGUAAAUUAUUCUUUCAAAUCAUUGUUACACUUGUGCUAUACUGUUUGUAAGUAAAUUAUUACAUUUUUAGGUCUCCAAGAUCUAUUCUAAUCAUUAUUAUUCUAAUUAAUAUAAUUAUUAUUAUUAUUAUUAUUAUUAUUUUUAUUAUUAUUUAUUAUUAUUCCAACUCACUCUUUGCUUGCAUAUAUUUCGAAGCCUAUUCGGCCAAAACUUGUGACAUUUUUGUGGGACAUGACAUUUUUGUCUAAUGGGCAUAAAAAAGUGGGUCUAUUUUCUGCACAUGUUUUGUGUUCUCAUAAAAUUAAAACAUAUGGUUUUAGGGGAUAUGUUACUAUUCUGUCAAAAUUUAAGUCAUUACACCUUGAAAUUUUCAUAUAUAAAUAUAUUGUUAUAUUUCUGGAAUGUCAAAAAAAAAUCAUAGGUCACAGGACAAAAUAUUGAUCCACAGGCCAUAAAGUGAAUGGGUGUAUGAUUCACAAUGCUGUUUCGUUUUUCCAAUAACUAGUCAAACCCUUCAUGCUUUAUAAGAAACAAUUAGUGGAUAUUGCUUAAAAUUAAAUCCAGCAGACACACAAGUACAUAUCUUCGGUUCUAAAGCAGUUUUAAAUACAUUAGAACUAAAGAAAAAAAAAGACAUUUUAAAACAUUUACUAUUUGCUUUACAAUUGAAUACAAGUGUCUAAUAGUCAUUAUACUUUUUGUAAUUUUUGCACAGAUAUUAAAAAUGAACUGUUAUAAA